AUGUGUAAGGGAGUUUCAGUGAACGCAUUGAUACAGAAUGAUCCAUUCAUUCUCCAUAAAAUUUCACUCACUCCCUUUUCUGAAACUCCCUUGCACAUCUCAGCUUUGCUUGGUCAUGUUGAGUUCACCAAGGCUAUUGUGCGCCAAAUGCCUUGGCUUGUCACAGAGUUGGACUCUUCCAAACGCUCACCUCUUCACUUGGCUGCUGCUGAGGGCCACAGUCAAAUUGUCAAAGAGCUGUUAAUAGCAAAUAAGGAUGUGAGUAUGGUUGCUGACCAAGAGGGGAGAAUUCCUCUCCAUUUGGCUGCAAUGAGAGGGAGAGUUGAGACCGCUACAUACUUGCUUUCAGUGCCAAAAAUAAGAGUGGAUCUGAACUCCUUGACCAAAAAUGGCUUUCCAGCCUUUGAUGGAAUCAGCAGAAAUGGCACAAUUCAAAGGAAUUUACGGAAGAAUCCCAUCAAAGAAACAAACACCAAAGUUAAAACCAUCCAAGCACCUCGAAAAUUACAAUUCAAUUGA